AUGGCUUCAAGUCUCGAGUUCACUGUCACCAAGUUUGAGCCGGAAUUUUACGUGUCCGCUCACGAUAUGGAGCGGAAACUAAACAUCCGCGCCUUGGAGCUGCUGCAAAGGUCACGUCAAGGCGAAGCGUACCAGGACCAACAGUUCCUGGACGUAGUCUGCGGAACGGGGGACUUCACGCGCGACCACCUGCUUCCCCAUUGUAGUCCAUGUGGACGAAAAGUCGCCGUUGAUGUCUCGUCGGAAAUGAUAGAGUUCGCGCGGAAGCAUUUCGCCCACUCCAAGAUCUGCUUCGACACGCUGGACAUAUCGGAAAAAGACGUGGACGACUUCAUCACGAAGUACGGUCAGUUUGAUCGCGUGUAUUCUUUCUUCUGCUUGCACUGGGUCAAAGAUCAAAGGACGGCCCUCAAGAACGUCUCCGCGUUGCUGAAACCCGGGGGAGAUUGCUUUCUUCUCUUUACCGCCUACACCCACACCACGCGACUGCGAAGGAAGCUGGCGAAAAUGGAUCAUUGGAAGAAAUGCGCGGGAGGUGAGACGGCUUUCGGAAUACUCUUUGAAUAUCCAAUACCGUGA